GAAAUAUACAUUUCUCAAGUCUUUUCUUGAUUCCCAAGAAAAAAGAUGAAGUUUUUCAUACUGCUGUUUAUCAUGAUAUUUUUCAAGCAGUCUUAUCAGUCUCCAGCUUGCUAUGCGCCCGUUGGUCAAUAUUGUCCUUCCAUAGAUAAUUCGACAUAUUUCUUAAAGUGUGGCAAAGGAAAAUAUCAAGACGAAACAGGUCAAACAUUUUGUAAAUCGUGUAAGGUUGGAGAGUACAAUAUUCAAAUUGGUCAGUCAAAAUGCAACAUUUGUCCAAUUGGUCAUUCUUGUCUUUGGAACGACAAAUCACCAGUAAACUGUCGUGAUGGACAGUAUCAAGAUCAAAAAGGAAAAACAUUUUGUGAAGCCUGCCCAAUUGGUAAAGUUUGUUCUACAACCGGAAUUGUAACUCUUAAAAAGGACACCCGGGGAAUAAUACCCGACAAACUGCCGGGUUCUAAAUACAAGAUUGACUGGUGGAGGGAUUUGAAGAUCCUAAAAAAGACAUAUCUGGGCUGCCCGAAUUGCAAAGUACACUCUGGAUUCUUUCAGUAUUAUAACCUCCUGGAAACACAAAUGUUUGAAAAAGUUAAAGCUUUAUCUGACAAGCAUCCCGGCUCUAAAAUCAUUGUCACCGGUCAUUCACUUGGAGGAGCAAUUGCGACUUUAGCAGCAGUUGAUUUGGUCAAUGCUAAACAUACUGUUGAUUUAAUAACCUUUGGCUCACCUAGAGUUGGUAACAAAGAAUUUGCACAAUAUAUCGAUACUACUGUAAAAGGAUUGGAUCUUAGAGUGACAUACAAGGGAGACCCUGUAACGGACCUUCCUCCAAAAAUUAUUGGAUAUAGGCAUGUGGGGCAAGAAAUUCAUUGCUUUGGUCAUGGCCAAUGCGAGGAAUUUCUUCCAAAUCAAGAUCCCAGUCAUAAUGAUAGAAAACUGAAAUCUUUUAAGGAUCAUUCUAUGAAUAAUUAUUUUACAAUAUAAAAAAAUGAAGUCAUCUUAAAUGGAUUAAGAUGAAAGAAUUAUACGUCAGAACCUUGAGUAAAAGUUGAGUUUGAUUAUAGUUUGUUAUUUACGGUAAUAUUAAAAUGCUUGAAUGAUUGAUCAUUGCCUAUACCAAAAUAUAUAACUCUCUGACACAGUUCAAA